AUGACACAACCCUCAUCAACAGGACUACCAUGCUUUGAAAAGGGCCACAUCAAAGUAGGGCUCGAUCGAGGCGACAAGAAACCCGUCAAACUCUACUACGAAAAGACGGGCGAGGGACCCAUCAAACUGUUACUCAUCACCGGGUUGGGCACACCCGCAAGCGGUUGGGAUCCUGUGGUCGAGUAUUUCUCGAAGCGACCCGAAUACACGAUUGUCGCGUUCGAUAACCGGGGUACAGGAUACUCAGAUGCUCCAUACGGUCUCUACUCGUAA